AUGGUUGCAGUAUGGAACAGCGCCGUGCGGAACAUCAAGGAGGCGCAGAAGGCUUUUGCUAUGCUGCACAGAGGCUGUAAGGCAAAUGUUGACAGUGCAGCGAGCGAGCGAGAUGGCCUAGAGCUCUGCGUGCAGCGGUACCAGUCGUCAGUCCAUUGGGGGAACGAGAAGAUCAUGCAGCAUAUAGAGGAGGCCCAGAGACAGCUGGGUCUCGCACAGGAGAGGUUGAGGAAGCGGCAAGAAGGCUUCUCUUUAUGGGGCGAGCUGGUCGGCCUUCUCGAAGGGGCCGAGCUGACACUGAAGUCGAGGAUACAGAGCCUUGGGCCUAAUGAUAAUGAUGAUGAUGAAGAUGAUAGGGAAGACGUGAAGUGA